UCGUCAAGGAAGUGCAGUCAACACUUCCUUGAUCUGUCCUUAUUCAUACUUGGUUGUUCAUUCGUUGAUCACCAAUUACUACUACUGCAGGCACACGUGCUUUUGUAAUUACGAACAAAUAUCAUCACGUCAAUCUUUACAUCUCUGUCUCAGCAACAGUUCAAUCUCCGUCCUUAUCGCCCGUUUUCAAAGUGAAGGCAAGCCGAGGCCCUCAUUACGAUGCUUUCCACCGUCAUAAUAAUCGCCGGUUUACUUACCGGUGUCCUCGGCCACGGCUCUCACGACCAGAAGCCUAUGGUACCAGAUGACGCGAAUUGGAUGACGAAACAUAUGGCAGAGGAACACCACAUGGCCGGCUUCGAUCCUUCCUCCUUCUUCACAUUACACGACUUCAACAGCAACGGCCGAUGGGAACCCGAGGAGAUGAUGCGCACCUACGGUUUGAUGGACGAGUCAAACAAAGACGUACCCCUCUCCAAACACGACGAUUACCGACGCCAAUUGAUGGGCCUACUCGACCGUAACAACGACGGCUACGUCACGCGCGACGAGUUCUUGGCCUUCAUCGCAAACGGAGGCACCCUACCAGACCUAGGGACGGGACCGGGACACCACGGCGACGACGAGUACGAGUACGAGAUCCACCACUGGGAGAAGUACCACGACGAGAACACCAAGCUUGAAGAUCUAACACACCCUGAGGAUAUCGCGCAUUUUCGCAAGCAUGACGAGAUGGAGGAGGCUGAGGAGCGCCUUGCGCGCCUUGAUCGCAUGGCUAUUGUCCAGGAGAACAUCCCGGCUAAAUUCAGGAGGUUCGGUUGAUGGCCAUGCUUGGGUCUGAAUUGCCGUGGUGAUUCUCUGCUUUUGUAAGAUUCUAAUUAUCAAUUGUACAUUGAGCGCAUGACAGGUAUGGCGUCUAUAUGGAUGGGCUUUUAUGCGUGUAUAUGA